GACAAGAGUAGGAAAAAUUCCACCGACUGCGGAGUGCGGAGACUGAUUUCAUUUCAAUUUUCAUUUGAUUUGAGCUCGUGAGCAAUUGAGCGAACGUUUGGUGCGCGUGGUGUGUGGUCGUGAAACGUGUUGUUAAGUUUUAAAUUGUUUAUAAUAACAUAAGUCAAAAUGAAGGGAGACAAGAAAGUAGACCUCCAAGCUUUAAAAGAUAUGGCCAAUAAGCUGAGAAUCGACAGCAUCGUGGCUACAAAUGCAUCGAAAUCCGGACACCCCACAUCAUGUGCGUCCAUGGCAGAGAUCAUGUCGGUGCUGUUCUUCCACACCAUGAAGUACAAGGUCUCCGCGCCAAGGGAUGCCUCCGCAGACAGAUUUAUCCUUUCAAAGGGUCACGCAGCCCCAAUCCUGUACGCUGCUUGGGCAGAGGCUGGUCUCUUCCCUGUAGAAGAACUGAAGCAGCUCCGUCAGCUGACUUCCGACUUGGAAGGUCACCCCACACCUCGCUUGAGCUUUGUGGAUGUUGGUACGGGGUCGUUGGGACAAGGUCUUGCGGUAGCGGCUGGUAUGGCGUACGUCGGGAAGUACUUCGACCAAGCGCCAUACAGGGUAUACUGUCUGGUUGGUGACGGAGAGGCAGCGGAAGGCAGCGUGUGGGAAGCCCUGCACUUUGCGAGCCACUACAAGCUAGACAACCUCGUGGUGAUCUUCGACAUCAACAGGUUGGGACAGUCUGAACCCACCUCUCUGCAACAUCAGAUGGACGUCUACGAUGCCCGUGUGAAAUCCUUCGGGCUCCACUCCCUCGUGGUGGACGGGCAUGAUGUCUCCGAGCUGGUGAAGGCCUUCGAUGAAGCUGCCACAGUGACCGGCAAGCCCACCGCUGUGCUCGCUAAGACGUACAAGGGCAAGGGCUUCCCCAACAUUGAGGAUAAGGAUAACUGGCACGGAAAGGCUUUGGGUGCUGACGGAGAGAAGAUUAUCAAGCACCUCCAAUCCCAGAUCAAGAACGCGUCCCUCAGCCUCAAACCCGUGCCCCCCGUGGCCCAAGCCCCACAGGUGCACAUCGGGGACAUAACCCUGUCCGCCCCACCUGCAUACAAGCUUGGGGAACUGGUCGCCACGAGAUUGGCCUACGGAACGGGUCUGAAGAAGAUCGCUGACACUAAUAUGAGAGUGAUCGCAAUGGAUGGUGACACCAAGAACUCUACGUUCAGUGACAAACUGAGAGCCGCUUACCCUGAAAGAUACGUGGAGUGCUUCAUAGCGGAGCAGACGCUGGUGGGCGUAGCGACGGGUGCCGCGUGUCGGGACCGUGCUGUUGUCUUCGCUUCUACAUUCGCAGCUUUCUUCACUCGCACCUUUGACCAGAUCCGCAUGGGCGCCAUCAGCCAGUCGAACGUGAACCUGGUGGGGUCGCACUGCGGGGUCAGCAUCGGCGAGGACGGCCCCUCGCAGAUGGGGCUGGAGGACCUCGCGCUGUUCCGCGCCGUGCCCACCGCCACUGUGUUCUACCCCAGUGACGCAGUAUCAACAGAGCGCAGUGUGGAGUUAGCGGCCAACACGCGCGGCAUCUGCUACAUCCGCACCUCGAGACCCAACACCGCCGUUAUUUACGACAAUAACACCGUGUUCAAGGUGGGAGAGGCUAAAAUCGUGCGCGAAUCCAGCAAGGACAGCGUGUUGCUGGUAGGAGCUGGUGUUACACUGCACGAGGCUCUGGCCGCUGCACAGCUGCUCAAGCAGGAAGGUAUCGAAGCCCGCGUGCUGGACCCGUUCACCAUCAAGCCGCUGGACGACAAGGCGGUGCUGAGCCAUGCUCGGGCGGUCGGUGGGAGAGUUGUCGUGGUUGAAGAUCAUUAUCAGGCUGGUGGUAUCGGCGAAGCGGUACUAUCAGCUCUAGCCCUAGAGCGUAACGUCAUAGUGCAGCACUUGUGUGUCCGCGAACUGCCUCGCUCCGGCCCGCCACAAGCACUGUUGGACAAAUAUGGCAUCUCUGCACCGCACAUUGUGGCCGCUGCCAAGAAGAUAUUGAGCGCUUAAGUGGAUUGAAACCCCCUCCCCUAAAUAUAUAGGCUUUCUAAACACAUAGACAGACAUAGAAACGAAUACACGAAGGAAACACAGACAUAAAAAGUAGAUAUAUACAUACAGAACUGGACAUAAAUACACGCAACGUCUGAUAUAUUCAAACGUACAGACAUACAGAAAGAAACAUUCACAAACGAGCGCACACGCAAAUACAUAGAAAUGAGCACACACACAUAGUAUCGUACAGAGUACAGACGUACAAACAUAAACACAAACCGACUAUACAUCCAUACAUAAGGAAAAUACUAAAUAAAUCAACAAACGUAACAUAAAACGGGGGAGGGGGUGAUUACAAGAAAGAAUAACAUAUAAUAUAUAGAAAUGGGGGGAUUAACGUUCCUUAUAUAAAGUGCACUUAGUGAUUUAAGAGAAAUAGAAAAGGGGAAGGUGUAAACUAAACAGAAACCAGCCAAAACCGUGCCCUUAUAUUUUUGUAUCAUAUAAGAAAUAAUCCAAACGCUAUAAGCGUAUUUACAAGUCUCGAACGUAGUUUAAAAAAUAGUGCUAAAAUAUGUCUUAUAUUUAAAAGUGCAAUGAUUAACUAUAACCUACGUUCCUGUUAAAUUUGUAGCCAUAGAGAAUCGGCACAUUCCUCUACAUUCCUCAAUGGAACCAGAGCGCGUAUUUUUAUACAUUAGUUGUUAUAAUUAUUGUUACAAAUGUAUGUUUAUAUAUCAUUCUAUAUGGGAAGUGCCUUAGGGUUUUGUAACGGUUUUUGAGGGUAGUUGUAAGCUAUAUUAUAUACGUGUCGGUCUGUCUGUCGCACAUUGUUGUCAAUUUUGUCAUUUUUUUAUUAAUUUCAAAUAGUUUUGUAAACUCUGUUAUAUGCCAAUAAUCGGUUGUGCAGUUUUGAUACAUUUUUCUUAUAUUAAUUGAUUUAUACGUUCCCAGGCUUAUUUUUGAUUGCUAUAAGGCGUUUAUUUGGGACCAAUUUAUUUUUUAUUUAAUCAUUUUUUUCUUAUGUAUAAGGCGGGUUUCCGUGAGAACAAUAAAGCACAAAUAAAUUGAGUUAAAAUGUUUAUUGGUCAUACAUUCCUGUUGCAUUUGCUUUGUGAAGCGCAUUGUUUUUAAUAAAUUUAUAUCAAAUA